AUGCACAGUGUAAAGAGAUGCUUUACAUUGGGCUGCAACAAGAGAUGUGUAGUCCCACUCUUCAAACAGAAGCGUAACUUAAGUGGUGAAUGCCCUACUGACCCUCUUCCAUGUGAGGAGCUGUGUGUUGAGGACACAACUUGUCCCCCGGGACACAAAUGCUGCAGCACUGGUUGUGGCCACGCCUGCCGAGGAGACAUCCGGGGAGGGCGGGAUGGUCAUUGCCCCAGAAUCCUGGUGGGCCUGUGUAUUGUCAACUGCAUGGUGGAUGAGAACUGUCAACCUGGGGAGAAGUGCUGUAAGUCAGGCUGUGGCCGAUUCUGCGUCCACACACUCCAGUCCCUCAAACAGUCCACACACUCCGUCAGGACCAAUGAGUCUAAUUCUGAAUUGGAUGGGGGCUACCCUGUGCAGCCGGUGUCCAUGGCAAUGGUAUGA